GUUUACGGCCAAGGGUCUGGCCUGGACUGUAGGCACCAUGUCCAGAAAUUAAACUUGCUGCAGGGUGAGGCAGAGGAAGCAAUUGGCUGGACAUCUCGGUGUGUAGAAGACUCUCUAAAUGACAGCAAAAACAGAGCAGCCCAACAUGAAAACAGUUCGGUCCAGCAGGAGGGAAUGGCAGAAGUCAGUCGCUGGAGUAAGUAUCUGGACAAGGACAGUGAAGAUAAGGAAGAUGGGGAGGAGGAGGCAGGUACAGAAAGGCAACAGUUCUGUUCCCGGAGGAAGAACACUGUGGAAGAACAAAGGAAACACCAGAAGAGCUUCCUCUCCAGUGAUGUUCAGGAGUAUGCAGAAGAAAACAGAGUUUUCCAGCUUGCCUAUCAAGCCAAAAAGCACAAGAAAUGUUUAGUAGCAGCGCCUGAUCAAGAUAAUGGAGAUGCUGUUUCUGGAGACAGUACGGUUCCUGCUGUCUGUGAGUCCGUAGUGCCUGAGGAGAAUACACAAACCCCACCUGCUUGUACCAAAACCUCAAAAUGGGAAAAAUUUCUCUCCUGUUCUGAGAACUAUAGUGAAAAUGCUGGCAGGGUCACCUUGUCACCACAGGAUGGCAGUGGAAGGUUGGGGCUACACAGCACCACUGCGCCUGGUACCAUGGUGCCCAGCACGACUUGCUCAGCUGAGGAGGAUGUGGUGUUCAAAGGACCUCAAAGCCAAUCAGUAAGGGUGGGAUCUGAUGUUGUAGAGACCACUGCAGGAAGGUGGUGUUUGGAUAGCAUGAGGAGGGCAAACACCCUUGUUAACUCUAACACUGGGCCAAAGCCUAGCAACGUUUCUUGUGAACAUCUCUUCUGCACAGGUGAUGAGUUUGAUGAUGAUCUUUGA